AUGUCCCCACUAUAUACUGGUAUAGACAGGGACUUAAAGGAGGCGCUCUCAUUUUUAUAUCCUUAUCGGUGA